CUCGUGAGGAGUAUCAUCAAGUGUUGUUGUUAAUAAUUAUCAUCAUUAUAUCGGAAUAAUUCAUCAUCAUGAAGAGAAAAAUUGAAAAAAAUCAAGCCAUGAAGAGAAAACAACAAAAGAAAGCCAAGGCUGUUCCAAAAAGAACAGCAGAAGAAGAAAAAGCCUAUCAAGAAUAUUUGCAAAAUUUAAAUCUGAUGGACCACUUGAAUGCAGAGUAUAGUAGUGAGGAAGGUGUUCAAAAGGCUAAAAAGACCUUUGGAGAAAACAAGCCAUUCCCAUACUUGCAUUUGAAGAACUUUUUCAAGGAUUUGGAAUUUGUAAAGGAUGUCAAGCAAGAAACUCUUGCACUUAAAUAUUGGGAAAAGAACAAUGAUUUGUAUCACUUUUUACAAACUAAAGAUCUUCAAAAGAAUGCCAUUGUUGAAGAGAAUGAACAUUUACGUAAAUUGAGAGAUGUUUUAUAUAGUCCAAGUUUUAGAGGAUGGUUGGAAGAAGUUUGCAGUCUUAAGGAACGUGGAAUUAAAUUGAAUCCAUCCAUUGAUAUGUUUGUUUCAUGUUAUCGUGAUACACAUCACUUGUUGUGUCAUGAUGACGAAUUGGAAAAACGUAGAAUUGCUUAUAUUAUUUAUCUAGUUCCAGAAGAUUGGUCCGAAGCUGAUGGUGGACAUCUUGAUUUGUAUAAUUGUGAUCCAAAACAAAUGGAUCAACCAGUUAGUAUUGGUGGUUCAGUUCUUCCAUCAUUUAACAGUAUUUCCUUCUUUGAAGUUUCUACAAUUUCCUAUCACAGAGUUCGUGAAGUUUUACGUGCUAUUGAUAUGGAGGAAGAUCGUAUUGCUAUUACUGGUUGGCUGUAUAGUGAUACUCUUGUUGAAAGACCUGAUUAUACUAUUGAAGAUAUUGCUCCACUUACAUAUGAAGAAGUUUCAACUGUUGAAACACCUGCUGCUCAUUUGGAUGUUGCAUAUUGGUUAGGUGAAUCAUAUGUUAAGGAAGAUAUCAGAAAGGCUGUUAAUGAACAAUUUUGUAAUGAAUCAUCUAUUGAAUUGAGAUCAUUCUUGAGCGCUCAAAAAUUCGAUACUUUAUACGAAGAAUUCAAAUCAUUGAAGGAAGACCAAUUCGAUUUUACAAUUCCAGCCAAUAGAAGACACUUUUUGAGAUUGAAUUCUGAAAAAUUGGAAAAGAGCUCUGAAUUGAGCAAGUUUUAUGAAUUUGCCAAAUCUCAAGUUUUCGUUGAUUAUUUGAAGGAAAUUACCUCACUUCCAAUUAAGAAGAUUAAUCUUCAAGGAAGAAGAUUCAGACCUGGUGAUUAUGCUCUUGUUCAAAAUACUCCAGUUGACGAAGUUCGUUUGGAUGUCUUGUUUAGAUUGUGUCCAAAGGAUUGGGACUUUGAUUUUGGUGCAGGUGUAACGUAUAUGGAUGAAGAAGAAGAACUCUUGUCCAUCCUUCCAGAACCUAAUACCAUCUCGAUUGUUUUGAGAGAUACUGGUGUUCAAACAUUUGUCAAGUAUGUGACACAUCAUGCUCCAGGUGAUGUUUAUGACUUUUUACUCACUUGUGAAACUGAAAUUCCAGAAGGAAGUGAAGGUGACUGGGAUGAUGAUGAAGAGGGUGAAGAAGGCGAAGAAGAAGGUGCUGAAGAAGCAGAAGAAGAGGAAUAAAUUAUUUAACUUUAAAUUG